AUGGCGUCUUCCACUCGCAAAUCUGUCAUUAAGAGGGAACUGGUGCCUAUUGAACCCAAGCCCACCGUCCCGCCGCCGGAUAAGCCCCGAGAUGGACCAAACAAGGAGGAGAAAGAACCUCAACCCAAAAACUUCAAGGACCUGACGCGCGAGGAGAAGCUGCUGGCCAUCGUGCGCCACAGCGUCCGACCGUUUUCAGACCGCCUGGACCCCUUCGCUGCCUUGCCGGUGAAUCUGGACCGCUUCCAGGAGCACCUCAUCAGCUUCUACCUGCUCUAUUACCCCAAAGCCACGUACGGGUUCAGUCCACGGCUUCGCCCUCACCCGGUUGCCAGCAACUUCUCCAUCGCCCUGACUACCCCGGCCUGUUUUCAGGUCAUCAUGGCGCGAUCAGCUCUGUACCGGAUAGGGCUGAACAAAUACGCCACCGACACGGAGAAGAGGUCGCUCGAGCUGGCCGUGAUGCGGCACAAGGGCGAGGCCCUGAAGAUGGUCCGUCAGUUAAGCACAAGGUCCAACCCGAAUCGCAAGGAUGACCUCCUUGCGUCCAUCAUCAGCCUGGGGACAUUUGAUCGGCGAUCCGGGUCCCAGGAAGCGGCGGGGAUGCAUUACCAGGCGGUUAGAAAGAUCCUGAAGACCACCGGUGGUCCUCUGGCGGUCAACUCGGUGCUCUUGUCGCGGGUCAUGUGUUUCUUCGAAUGCAUCUACGGGACAAGCCCGGAAAGCUACAUCUGGGACAAUUCGGAUCUCAAGCGGCUGGUGCGCAGCCUGAACGCGUUCCUGGAGAAGCUGUGGGAGUUCUGGCAGUCGCUGUCGACCAUCAGUGCCCUGACCGCGCCGACCCCUCGAGAAGAUGACGCAGAGGCUGGUGAAAGACGGAUACACUCUUUCGACCUCCAGGAGGGGUCGACGCUGCUUGGGCUCGUAUCCAGGCAGCCUCCGCCAGACGCUGAACUCACUCAACCCCGCCGCCUCGAGCUCAUAUUCCAACUCACUUGCCUCCUGACGCUCGCCAUGAUCACCAUGGACCUAGCCAGCGACUUCCGGUCGUUGCAGACAUACAUGGACACCUUGCAUCAGAGCAUCGAGGACCUUCGGCUCGCGGGGCAAAGCUGCAAUAACGCCAUGUGGCAGAUUCAAGUCAACGACCACAGCGAAGCCCACAGCCGGCGGAUAUGGCGGGCAGCGAGUUUCGCGUGGGUGAUGAAGCAUUGUUCGUACAAGGUGCAGUUGUCGCUGAAGGAAUGGCUGUUGGCAUUUUUCACCGGCAAGCCUGUUGAGCAACCGUACCAGCUGGCCUCAUUCCAUUUCAGCUACGCGACUUGA